AUGCAAAAUCAGCAAAAGGAUACCUUUGAGAUACAGUUGGAUACAUUCGAACCAAUGACAGAGCAAGAACUCAAAAAGCAGAAGUUGGAGAAGAAGAAUGCCGAAGAGCAACAAUACCUGGAUUUAUGUCAGCGGAUAAUAGAAGAGGGGGACUUUAGGCCAGACAGGACAGGAACAGGUACCUACAGUCUCUUUGUUCCCCCACAGCUGCGGUUUGAUUUGAGCAAUGACAGAUUUCCCUUGCUAACAACGAAAAGGGUGUUUACCAAAGGAAUCAUCCUUGAGUUACUGUGGUUUAUUUCUGGUUGUACCGAUGGAAAAAAGCUCUCUGAGCAGGGCGUGAAAAUUUGGGAGGGGAAUGGAUCUCGGGAGUACCUCGAUAAACUGGGAUUGACAGAUAGACGUGAGGGAGACCUUGGCCCCGUUUACGGCUUCCAGUGGAGGCAUUUCGGAGCUGACUACAAAACCUGCGAGGACGACUACACCAAUCAAGGAUUUGAUCAGCUGGAAGACAUUAUACACCGUAUAAAAACUAACCCUACUGACAGGCGAAUCAUCAUGAGCGCGUGGAACCCGCCAGACUUCGCAAAGAUGGCUCUCCCACCCUGCCACGUUUUUUCUCAGUUCUACGUCACUCUUCCCAAAAAGGAGGGAGAGAGACCCAAGCUAUCGUGUCUUUUAUAUCAGAGGUCCUGUGACAUGGGGUUGGGAGUUCCUUUCAAUAUUGCAUCAUAUGCGCUUUUGACCAAAAUGAUUGCCCAUGUUUGUGAAAUGGAGCCGGGCGAGUUUAUUCACACUAUGGGUGACGCCCAUGUUUACAAAGACCACAUUGACGCGCUUAAAGAACAGAUUCAAAGAUUUCCUAGAGACUUUCCGAAGUUAAAGAUCAAGAGAAACGUAGCAGACAUUAAUGAUUUCAAAUAUGAAGAUUUUGAAAUUUCGGAGUACAACCCGCAUGGGAAAAUACAAAUGAAAAUGAGUGUAUAA